AUGCCGAAGCCUACUCCCGUCGAGGAUCUCAUAAUCCCCCCGCAGGACCAAAAGAUAUGCGGGACCAUAUGUGUUUGUCAAAUGACAGCCGUCCUUAGUUGCGUAGCCAUCGUAUACCUAACCGUAGCCAUUUAUAUGCCUUACACCCGCGCGAUCGCGUCAGGUAUCGACCCGACACCCAUUAUGUGCACGACGACACGGGCUGUGAACAAAGACAACUGCGACUGGGGUUCCUGCGGCGAGUGGUGCUUAAGCAAGACGUCCGGAGCCUGCAUCCAGAUCUACGUCAACGUUAGGAAAAACGGAACGUCCUUACUCCUCGCCGAGUGUGGUAGCGCCGCCAACAAAACAUGCUACGGCAUCGACCAAGAGAACGCUAAGAAGUACCACUGCAUACGUGAUGAGUGUAGAAACUUGACUGGCACUUUCAAUUGCACGGAAGGAAAAUGCAUAAACAUUACAGACGCUUUCGAAUGCGCUUUCAGAGACACGGAUCCACCGUUAAAGUGUUCCGGAAGGAGAGGGAAAAUAACGUGCAUAGACGUCCACGGACUUUUUUCGUGUAGCAGAGGCACUUGUAGAAAAAUAAAAACACCAUACAAUUGUGACAGGCGCUGCGUCGAUAUCCCGACCCGUCAUAAAAACGUCAUAGUUUUAAGCGGCGAUAGAGUUUUCCUAGCAAGGUGUUCGAAAUUAGCUCAAGAGGACGGUGGUAACGUUGUUUGGAAUGAUUCAGGCGAAGAAGUAUUAAUGCUGUCUUGUCAUGCAGUACACAAUGGUACCUCGGGUGUCGUUGCCGUGGACUGUAUCAACGCGGCUCUGCUACCACGUACUGAUAUAUCAGAUCUGACCAACUUCACAUAUUUACAAUAUCUAUACACCGUGAAAGCUGUGCCCAAUAGAAUUAUCGCUCCAUCCGAAGUGGAACUUACAAUGGCUAACGAUAGUCGAUUGAUGAUCAAUUUAGAAGGUUGCGUGAACACUUUGGCAGAUGAGUGCAAAGAGUUUCUGAAGACGUACGGCCGUGAUGGUACCGACCACAACGCGAAAGCACGAUUCCCAUGCUUCUACACAGAAAACAAUCCGGAUAUUGUGGUAGCUAGAUUCGACUUAGACGCCACAUAUCGCCAGUUUCUGGUCGCUUUGGUGCUGCCAACAGUUCUUGUCGUAGUAUCGUGUAUCACUUUGCUGUUAUGUCAGACUACUGUUGAAGUUGGUGAUGACGCGAAGAUGCGUUUUAAGAGUUGCGCCGGAGGUCAGGCUGAGAUGCAGCUAUCUCCGAACGAUCCUGUGUCUCCCCUCUGA